UUUUAAACUACCUUGACUUGAAGUGAGCAGACCGAAUCUCAGGCCAGAAACAUGUCAAGCACAGCAGAGACCACCAUCAGAGGGGUAUUGUUCGAUAUGGAUGGGACGUUGAUAGAGUCCACGCCAGCAGUAUUGGCUACAUGGGAGUACUUUGCACAAGAAUACAACCUUGAUCUUCACGAGGUUUUGAAGACAUCUCAUGGUGUAAGAACAAUAGAUAAUCUUCGGAAAUGGUGUGGUUUGACAGAUCAACAAGGAUUAGAAGAAGCCACCGAUUUCUUCGAAGGAAUGAUCGUCACUGAGGCCAAAAGGUUACAAUCGGAAGGAAAGACUGGAUUGGUUGUUUUACCAGGUGUCAACGAGUUUUUGUCUGUUUUACAGCAAAGUUCAAAUCCCCUAUAUGCCGUCGUUACCUCUGCUACGAACACAUACGCUUCUGCCGCAUUACCAACAGCCGGUAUACCUAUCCCUCCGACUUUCGUCACGGCCAACGAUGUGACCAAAGGGAAACCUCAUCCGGAACCUUAUCUCAAAGGUGCUGAAAUGUUAGGAUUGGAUCCGACUGAUUGCCUCGUAGUUGAAGACGCUCCUUCAGGAGUCAAGGCCGGCGUGGCGGCAGGUUGCAAAGUCCUCGGUCUGUGUACUUCGCACACACGAACACAGAUGGAACAUGCGGGAGCGAAUUGGGUGGUGCAAGAUCUAUCAAAGGUGAAGGCGACUCUGCAAGAUGGGAUCGUUCAUCUCGACAUCGAUCAGUCAUAGUGUAUUUUGAGAGUUUCCGAAGAGCCAAAGUUGCACAACGUUUUACUCAAAUACAUGGUCAUAGAUAAUGGACAAUGUCAGACAUAGCAUGGACGAUUUAUAUAUCUUGUUCAGUC